CAUACUACAUUUAUCACCUCUAACCCAAUUACCAAUCCUACAAACAAUAUUAUUCACUCCAAAUUAAGAUGGCCGCCACUCACUUCCUUGUAGCCAUCUUGGCCCUUCAAUUCUCACUUUCAUAUGCAUCUGACCCAAGCCCUCUCCAGGACUUCUGUGUUGCUUUUGAUGAUAUGAAGUCUGCUGUGUUUGUGAAUGGGAAAUUUUGCAAGGACCCAAAGCUUGCCAAAGCCGAAGAUUUCUCCUUUUCAGGUCUUAAUAUUCCUCGAAACACAAACAAUCCAGUUGGGUCAAAUGUGACAACUGUGAAUGUUGAUACACUACCAGGACUCAACACUUUGGGUGUAUCCUUAGUCCGCAUUGACUAUGCACCUAAGGGCCUCAACCCACCCCACACGCACCCACGCGCAACUGAAGUACUGGUUGUGGUUGAGGGCACUCUCUAUGUAGGCUUUGUGACCUCCAAUAUUAAUGGUGAAAAAAAUCGUCUCUUCACCAAGGUCCUAAAUCCUGGAGAUGUUUUUGUGUUUCCAAUUGGUCUCAUUCAUUUCCAAUUCAACGUGGGAAAGACUAAUGCAGUAGCUUUUGCCGGCCUGAGCAGCCAAAACCCCGGAGUUAUCACCAUUGCUAACGCGGUCUUUGGAUCGAAACCACCCAUUUCUGUUGAUGUUCUCACCAAGGCUUUCCAAGUGGACAACAAGGUUAUUGACUAUCUUCAAGCCCAGUUCUGGUUUGACAACAAUUAGAUCAAAAAAAUGUAAGCAAAUAGAUAGAAGGUACCAACGAAAUGGUUCCUUCUUCUUUUUUUUUCUUUUUUUUUUCAGUAAAUACCCACGAAAUGGUUAGUUUGAUAAAAUAAGCAGAUAAUCAUAUUCUGCACUAAAAUAAGUGGGUUGGUUAUGUACUUUUUGCUGCAAUGGUUUCACAUAAUAAUACAAUGGU